UCGAAUGUGUCCUCCCCUUCGUUGCCCUUUCUUCACGAUCACUUGUUUAUCGAAGCGAGGCACAGACUCGUAUAUAUAACCAUACAUUUCUUAUUGUAUUGUGUAACGUUGUUUGGAGGUGGGCAUACACUUUGUAUCUGUGUUUUGCUUGUGUUGCUAGCUACUGCCAACGUUUCUACGGUCGAGUACGUAGCAAAACUUGUGACUGUGCGGAUCUACUCAAAAUGAACAGGUUGCAAUGCCUUCGCCACUAUUGCACAGCCAAAAAGCUGUUUCCGCCCGUCCUGACACCGAUGCUACCACCUGGCACCUUCAAGAACAAGGUCGCCAUCGUCACUGGCGGAGGCACUGGGAUUGGCAAGGGGAUGACCGAGAUGUUUGCACAGCUUGGCGCCAACGUCACCAUAAUGAGCAGGAAGCAGGAAGUCCUGGACAAAGCAGCCAAAGAGAUUUCUUCGAAAACUGGCAGCAAGAUCCUGGCCGUCGCAGCAGAUGUCAGAGACCCUUCUGCUGUAGCCGCAGCAGUGGACAGGAGCAUUGAUGAACUUGGCUUGCCUGACAUAGUUGUCAACAAUGCAGCAGGAAAUUUCAUCAGCCCAACCGAGAUGCUGUCCACCAAUGCCUGGAAGACUGUUGUGGACAUUGUGCUUAACGGGACAGCCAUUGUGACAUUGGAUGUAGGCAAAAGGCUGAUUGAGGCUGGAAAAGGUGCAAACUUCCUGGCUAUCUCUGCAACCUACACUAAGCACGGCUCUGGAUAUGUUGCGCCCAGUGCAGCCGCCAAGAGUGGUGUCGAAACACUCAUGAUGUCACUUGCAGCAGAGUGGGCAAAGUACGGUAUGCGCUUCAACUGCAUUGAGCCUGGGCCUGUCUACACCAAGGGUGCCUCCAGCAGGCUAGACCCCGAUGGCCGCUUUACCGAAGAAGCCGUGAAGGGUGCCAUAGAGAGGCAAGGGGAAAUACCCGAGGUUGCCAAUUUGGCGGUGUACUUGGUCAGUGAUUACUCCAGUUGGCUGACAGGAGAGGUUAUUCGAAUGGAUGGGGGUCACUUAAACUACCAUGCCAGCGUUUUCAACAGGCUUUCCGAAGUACCCAAGGAGCAGUGGAAAGCCAUUCAGGCUGCCAUCAAGAGUGUCAAGGGUUCGUGAUAAUUCUUGGUUUGGCAAGAGUCGAGCAAGAUAUCCUCCUGAUGUAGAAGCUCCGCUACGCACUCUUCUAAUGUUGAACGCUCCUUGAAUGGUGUAAUCUUAGGAAUUCAUUUAGGAGGGUGGUGGCUGACUUCCACGGACUUCUCCAACAGUGGCUGCAUCUACAUGUGUAUACACUCAAACCUCUAUAUAGCGAACAUGGAUAUAACGAAUUAUCGGUUAUAACAAAGUAAAUGAAGAAUAGUCUUGUCAUAAAUACAGUACUAGAAAUAAACGUUUAUAACGAAUUUUCGGAUAUAACGAAGUUAUUCUCGUGGCAGAUGUGACUUCGUUAUAAUGAGGUUCGAGUGUAUUGAUAGCAGCCCUGGUUUGCAUCUUAGAAGGUAACAGUGUCAUGAAGCUAUGGACAUCUUAAACAGUUCCUGUAGGGCUGUACAGUGCUGUCCACAUCACAGGGCACUAGCCAUUUUCUCAUCACAUCAAAGAGGAAGGUUUUUUCCUUGGAGAUUGGAAGCUGCUUUACACAUUCGGCGCUCAGACGAUGAAACGCAAGGCCAUAACCAAAGAUACAUAGUCUUUAUGUAAAAAAGCAUGUUUGUGUGCUUUUCUCCAAAAAUCGACCCACUAACUCAGUUUGGAACCUUUUAGCAUAAUUCUAAAACUAAAUUGCCAGAAGCAAUCUCACGAUGAUUAUUUAAGUUAGUGCAAGAGUUGGUGUUCCCUGGCCGCUUCAGUUUUGGCGUUACUAUCUCAUGGAUCAGCCCAUGUUGCUAUCGUGCUCAGGAUCAGGACACCGACUCGAGAUAUGUAGUACAUUCUAACCUCGAUAUAACGAAUACGGAUAUAACGAAUUAUUGGUUAUAACAAAGUAAAUGAAGAAUAGUCUUGUCAUAGACACGGUGUUAAAAAUAAAUGUUUAUAACGAAUUUUCGGAUGUAACGAAGUUAUUUUUGUGGCAGGUGUGACUUUGUUAUAACGACGUUUGAAUGUAUAGUGUAAUAGUACGUACUACUGAGGCACACUUUACUGGUGAGGGGCUCACCAAACAAGCGCAUCGAACUGCAAACCCCAGAAAGGAGACAUAGAGAAGCUUUUCCUGGAAUUGUGCCCAUAAUUUCAUAUGGUUUUGCACUGAAGAUAUACUGGUACCGUUAGUCUAUUUUACUGUGUAAUGCCGGAGAGAACUAAGUCAGCAGCUAGUGCAUCUGUAGAAAUAGUUCAGACGGAGCUACAUACGUACUAUAAGCUAUAGCAAGACUGGAUGUCAAAGCAUGCCAAAGUGGGUAGAGCUAGCCAGAGAAUGCCUUCUGAUUUUAAAGAAGCAAGAUGGUGAAUUAACGGUGCUAUGGCAAAGAUACUGAUGCAUUAGGUUUCUGUCUGGUCCCGCGGACUUUGCUAUAACUAGCUUGUGUAGCAUUCUGUGCUGACAUCCCAAAAACAAGCAAAUAUAAUUUGUUGCCAUAUUUACACAUAUGCUUUUUUACUUGGGCACUGGUGUAUGUAUGUGCAACUGCACCUUUAGGUUGUCAGCAGCUGUAGUACCCAUGUCACAUUUCACAAAGAGAACAAGUUAGUCAUUCAGAUGCCUUGUUAGCUGGAUGACAUGCUCAUCGGUGUAAGGAAAAGAGAGCAAGAGAGGAACUUCUAACACCGACUGGGUCCUGUGAAUUACAAAGGUGGUUUGCUGGCACUCGUGUUUAAUUUACUGUAUCAAUAUUUACGACCAGUAAAUCUUAGAAGAGUACCUGGGCCGAGUCUCAGUUUUUUAUGUACCUAACAAAUGUUAAAUUGUGGUUAGAUUUUUGAAAAUGCAAUGCUAGUGUGAGCUGCAUUGGAAAUCGCAAAACAUUUCAUCUUUUUGCAUUUGUUGCUAUAGGAAUUUGUUUUAACUGUGUAGGGAUUCAAGCAAUGGAAACUUCUUGUGCCUUAGCUGUCACUGUAUAUUUCUAUGAAAGAAAUAAAAAAAUUAUAUUUUUA